UAUUCUUUAUAUUUCUCUCUUGUUUAUUCAGGGGCUGCAAUUGGACAGCAUCUCCUCAUCCUCUCUGUCAGAGCUGGAGAUGAAGCCACUUUGCAGUGUAACUAUGUGAUUCAUGAUCAGGAUGAAUGUGAUGGUACUUCAUGGUUCUUCAGUAAUUCAGGAAGCAAAGUAGAGCUGGUUAGACGUGGGCAGAUUUUGGACAGACUGAGAGUUACAGAGAAUUGUUCUCUGGUUGUAAAGAAGGUCACAGAGGAGGAUACUGGUAGUUACACCUGCAGACAGUACAACAGAUCAGGAGCACAACAAGGUCCAGGCUCUCAGGUUCUUCUGUCUGUUGUUACCAUGACUGAGCAUCAGAACAACGAUGAGGUGACGUUACUCUGCUCUGUGACGACAUAUUGGGAGCGUAGACUCACAGUGAAGUGGCUGCUUCAGGGUCAAGAUGUGGAUGAAGACAACAGCGAUAUAAAAACAUCAGCAUCCUACUGCUCUGCCUCUGUGACAUUUCUGACUUCUCAUUUUAGUAACACAUCAAGGUCUGAUUUAUUUUCUUGUGAAGUAACAGCUGAUGGCAACGUGCAGACCUUCAGCCUUCAGUCCUCAGGUGAGGACACAGCAGCAGCAGCAACAACAACAGCAACAACAGAGAGCGACUCCAGAUCAGGUUUCCCUACGACAGCUUCUGUGAUCACUGAAGAUGCUACAGGUUGGUGGUGGUGGAUCAUCGUUGUGAUCGUGGCUGUUGCAGCACUCACAAUAAUCACUGUGGCUGUCAGCAGACGGAAGAGGACUCAAGGACAGAAACCUCAGACGGAUGAAAACAUUGUGCGUUAUGGUGUAGAUGAUGGUACAGUGAACUAUGACAACAUCAGACCUCCUGAUGGAGUUUGAGCAACACUUCUGCCUCCAUCAGACUCGAACUGAUCAACAACGUCUACAUUCAUCUUCAUGUUUCACAUCAGGAGUGGAAGAUUAAACAGUCAUUCUGAAUUAUCUAUCGUAUAAUUUAUGACAUUACGCAGCUGGAUUUGAACUCAGUCUAACAGGAAUGAGUUUUUAACGCUUGUUUACUUUCUCAUAUUGUCUUCCAGCUGAAGGUUUCAGAGCUGAUUUUAAGAUGUAUUGCUUGUUGUUGAAGCUACUGCAGAUUUAGCUCAGGUUAAUAAUUCUGUGCGCAGAAUAACUUAUUUUAAUCCACUUUCAUUUAGCGUGGCUGUUAACAUAACAUAUGUUUUCAGCAUUCAUUGAG